CGGUCGUAUGACAACAACAUGCACGUUUAAACCAAUCGAGAACGCUGCUGAAGUAAAUGUUUGUAAGUUGCGUCAUUGACGGUGAAUCAAACGUGCUUUUCAAGUCGUUGCAAAGGUGGAAAUGGGUCCUGCAAAAAGUCUCGGAAUGUUCACUGUUUUCUUCCCAAUGGGACACGUUUCUUAAAACCCAAAGACCACACAGACUCACUCGGCGCUGUGCCAGAUCUUAAUGUUGUUCUGAAAAGAAGUAUUGGAUAAGAAAGACGGGCGAAGAUGGAUGGUGGCGAAUAUUUAAUGUCAGCAGAAAACAUGGAUCCGACGUUGUCAGAACUUGGAGAGGAGUUUACUUUAGGUGACAUUGAUGAAAUGCUGCAGUUUGUCACCCACCAAGUAGAUGACCUUUUAGAAGACCAGAAUGCACUGGGUUGUGUCCAAGGCAGUGGGCUGGGAGCCCUGCAACAAGUCUCUCAAUCGCCAGCACAGACCUUCCAAACCAGCCCCUCUGUGCACACCCCCCACACUGUCCGCCUCACUACCCCUCAGACCCCCGCCCGAGUGUUCUCUGCACAGCCCCACCCCCGCGCCCCACCCCUGCUCCAGCCAAAGCCCUGGCCCGUCCCACAGGUCCAGGUGCAGCAGGCCCAGGUCCAAACUCACGUCCUGCCCAUGAACUCUCCAGGCCUGCCAGGCCAGGCCCAGGCUCACGGCCUCCCGGUGCAAACUCUGGCCCAGAGGGUGCUGUUCACACCAGGCCUGACCAGCGGCUCCCAGUCCCAUUUCAUCCACAACUCCCUCAUCUGCCACCAGAACCCUGCGCCUGGUUUCCAAGUCCUCCAACCACAGAUGCAGAAUAUUGUGACCUCACCCCACGUCCAGCCAAUGGCAUUUCAGCAUCAGAGUGUCCUGACGCCAUCGGGCCAGGCCAUCCAGACGCUGACCACAGCCCAACCGGCAAUGCAGGCCAUGUCACCACAAGUCCAACAGAUUCUGAUCCACCAGCCCCAGAUGAUAAAUGCAGAUUCCCUGGUGCUGACCACUCUGAAACCCAAUGUGACGCAGGUUCUGUCCAGCGUGCAGAACCCAACCGGUAUCGCCGGUUUCACAGGCCCCAUCCAGACUUCUGCCCUGCAAGUUCCAACCCUAUUGGGUGGCAGUGUUCUAACCACCAUGCCGAUGAUGAUGGGGGGCGGAGACACGGUGCCAGUCAAUCAGCUGUCUCAAGGGACACCGCUGUGCGGGAACAUGGCGUACAUUGGACAGGAGCAGGGGGCGGGCUUAGGGAUGGGGAUGGGGAUUGUGGCGGGGCCAGGGGUGAAGGAGGGAGAGAGCAGGUCCACUCACAACGUCAUCGAGAAGAGGUACCGCUCGUCCAUCAACGACAAGAUCAUGGAGCUGAGAGACCUGGUCAUGGGCAACGAUACCAAGAUGCAAAAGUCGGGGGUUCUGCGGAAGGCCAUUGACUACAUUAAGUACAUGCAGCAGGUCAACCAGAGGCUGCGGCAGGAAAACCUGGCCCUCAAGGUGGCCGGCCGGAAGAACAACGGGGAGGUUCACGGGGCAGUGACGUCCCCCCCAGCCUCCUCCUCAGGCUCCAGCUCCCCCCGGAGGAUCUCCCCCCCCUGCACCAGCGCAGAGUCAGAGAGACCCCUGCUGGCACAGGAGCAGAAGAGUGAGCCGGACUCUGAGGGAGCGAUGGAUCGCUCUCGUCUCCUCCUCUGCGCUCUCACCAUCCUCUGCCUCUCCCUGAACCCGCUUCCCUCGCUCCUGGGGUCCAGGGCCCCGGCUGGGCCCAACUGGAGCUCAGUAGAGACGGGACAUGGACCCUCCAGAACCACGUUUGGCCUACCUGGCCAAUCCCAGAACCUUGCGGGCUGGCUGUGGGCGCUGCUGCCCUGGGUGGGCGCGUGGGCGCUGAGCUGCGUGGGAGCGCUGUGGGGCUGCGUCCGGGUGCUGUGCCUCUGGGAGCCCGUCACCCCGCUCCACUCGCCCAGGUCCGUCUGCUUCUGGAGGCACUGCAGGCAGGCCGAGCUGCAGCUCCACAGGGGUGACUACGCAGCUGCAGCUGCCAGCCUGCAGUCCUGCCUCUCUGACCUGUCCAGAGAGCUUCCGCUCUCCUCAUUUGACCUCGCCUGCUCCCUCUGCUGGAACGUGAUUCGCUACUGCCUGUACUGGCCGGCCCCACUGCGCUGGCUGGGUCUGCACAUUGGAGGGGGGCGCGAGGGGGAGGAGUCUCAAACCAGUUGCCGUGACGCUUCUCUCGCCUAUCACAGGCUCAGCCAGCUACAGCUUACGGGGCACCUGCCCCAGCACAGCAGCCUGUGGGCUCUGUCCCUGUCCCUCAGCGCGGUGAACCUGAGCGAGAGCGCCCGCGGGAGGGUGGCCCCGGCCCUGAGGACUGAGAUCUACGCGACCGCGGCCAUCGCGCUGCGCUCCGCCCUGGGGCCCCGGCCCCUCUGCCUGCCUGGUUACCUGCUGAGCUGCGCAGAGAGUGUGGCCUUUCCUGCUUCAGACACCACUCCGCUCCCUGAUUGGCUGCACUGGCUCUUUACGCCACUGGGAAAGCGGUUCUUCCUGAGUUGUGAUUGGUCCAUGAAAUUCAGUAGCCGAGAGGAGGUGUACACUUCUCAGAGAGGACCAGCCGACCCCAUCGCCCAGCUGCAUGGCUGCUUCUGCGAGGAGCUGCUGGAGAGGGCCGUGCUCGCCCUCGUCCAGCCCGCGUUCGGAGGGGACCCGGACGCCAGGCGAGAGGACCACAGGGAGUUUGUGGGUGCCAUGGAGUAUCUCCAGCUGUUGAGCAGCUGUACAGAAGACUCACUCUGUCCCUCUAGCCCCGUCCCUCACCCAGCCAAUCACAGCUCUACUGCAGUUGUAGACCCCGUGUGUCGGUGGUGGGCGUUGGCCCUGAAGGCAGCCGCCCAUUGGCUGCAGGGUGACGAUGCGGCGGUGAGGUCAUUGCUGGCUGAGGUGGAGCUCAUGCCCAAAACCCUGCGUGCACUAAAUCACCCUUUGCCCAAAGCUGUGCAGCAGCUGUGCAGGGCUGUGGAUCUGAGUCUGGAGGGGGAGGGGGCCCUGGGCUGCCUGUCCCACUGCGACCGGGCCAGCGGCCACCUGAGGGCCAGCAUCUCAGUGAGCCACGCCCAGCCAGGGAACUGGCUCACCAAGGGGGUGGAGCUCCUGGUGUGUGACCUCUUGCUGACCCUGAGGACCACAGCGUGGCAGCGAGGAGGUGGCCCCGUUGGUGAGCCUGGCCCCGCCUCCGGUUCCCAAUUGGCUGGAUUUCAGGCGGACCUCAGCUCUCUGCGCAGACUGGGACAGUGCUACAGGCAGGCGCAGCAUAAGGUGUUCCUGCACGAGACAACGGUGAGGCUGAUGGCGGGGGCCAGCCCCACCCGCACUCACCGCCUGCUGGAGCACCGCCUGAGACGCCGCGGACCCCGCCCCGGUGAAACUACAGGAGAGGACUGCGUGCCCGGGGAGAGGGAGAGGGCCCACGCCAUCCUGCUGGCCUGCCGCCACCUGCCCCUGCCCCUGCUGACCCCCCCGGGGCACCGCGCCCGCCUGCUGGCGGAGGCCAGCCGCACGCUGGAGCGGGUGGGGGACCGGCGCUCUGUGCGGGACUGCCAGCGGGUCCUCCUGAGGCUGAGCGGGGGAGCCACCAUCGCUGCCUCCUGAAGGGAGCGCAUGCAUGCACGCGCGGACGCAUGCACACACACAUGCACGCACGCACGGACUAGCACACACACACACACGCAUGCAUGC